GAGAAACUAGAAUCAAAGGAAUCAACCGGGGAGCAGCCGGAAAAGCUGUACGACAUCAACAGAAUCCGAACUUUUAAGGAUGUUCCCUUUCUAAUAAAACGCAUGGAGAGCGAGGACAUGAUCGUGACGUAUGGCACGGCGGUUGAAGAAGUACAGAUAUUGCUGAAUUUCCUGCAGGACAAGAUUCCAUCCGGAUCAGGAAUUGCCCUUCGAAUCACAGAGCACACGCCAGCCUCUUGUCUUCUGAUUCUAGCGAUACUCAACCACAAGUGCCACUUCUUUCCCACGGACAAGAUGAUGCUCUCCCAGGAGCUGCACGAACAGAUGUGCGCCGCCGGAGUGGACUAUAUUGUGGCCAACAAGCAUUUGUCCGUGUCUCCGUUGCAUUUUGAGAGCAUGUUUACCAUCCUGGUCUUAAAGGAGGUCUGCAAAAUGUAUAUGGUGAAGCAUAAAUCCAGCGAUCUUAAUGUAUCUACCAAGAAGUCCCUCCCUGCCAAUAUGUGCUAUACUAUUACAACCACCGGAAGUACAGGAAGCCCAAAGAUUGUACAUGUGCCCUACGAGUGCAUCGCCCACGACAUUGUGGCGCUCAGCCAGAAGCUCAACAUUUCUAUGGCCGACAUCAUUUACCUUGGAACACCCUGCACCUUUGAUCCCUUCGUGGUGGAGUUCUUUCUGGCUCUGCAAAAUGGUUCUACUUUACUGACCAGCCGGCAUUCUAUUAGGGAAUCUCCCAGCAAGUUGCUAUGUGCCCUCUUUCCCGACAACCUCGCCACGCCGGGCAUUACAAUUCUGCAGAUGACGCCGUCACUGUUCCGGCAAUUUGGAGCCACUUGUAUCAGAGAUCGAGUGUUGAGCAGGUCCAGUUCACUCAGAGUGCUGCUCCUUGGCGGUGAACCGUUUCCCUCGAGUGCUGAGCUCGUUACUUGGAUGGAUUCGAGUGUCCUGUUGCAGAAACACAUUUGCAACAUCUACGGAAUCACAGAGAUAUCCUGCUGGAGUCUCCUGCACAUCGUGCAGUCUCUACAGACACCAGUGCCUUUAGGCACGCCCAUUGACGAGGAUACGGUUAUAAGGAUUGAGUUCCAGAACGACAAGGAUUCGAACCAAGGAGAGCUCUUUCUGGGCAGUGCCACGCGGCGUUGCUAUAUACCACAGAUAGAUGACAAAGUGGAUACUUCAAAAGACGAUUCCGGCAUUUGUUUCAGAGCGACUGGAGAUCUGGUCACGCGGGAGAAGGAUGGUACAUUAUUUUAUGGGGAAAGAACAAACGAUGUGGUGAAGAGAGCCGGAAAUCGCAUUAGCUUGGGUUUAAUCACUCGCAAAAUACAAAAGUGCCUACUCAGCAGCGAACUGACGAAUUGCCUUUGGCUGGAGGAUUUGCAAAAGCUCAUCUGCUGCAUUCGCACCUUAGAAACAAAGACCCGAGUUCAACAGCGGGCCCAGACCUUUGACAUACUCUCCAAGGUGUCGAUUGCAGAGCAGCCAGAUAGGUUUGUCUACCUGCAACACUUCCCGUGCAACGUUCAUGGCAAACUGGACAAGCAACAACUGCUCAAGAUGUGCAUUCCCCUUGCUCAACCCGCUCAGCAAAUAUUGAAGAGCUAUCUGCACGAUAGACUGGAAUGUGUGGAACAGACUGAUGAUACAGCGGCGAAGAGGCAGAAAAUGGAGAGCACUGAUCCCUGUGGCUAUGACUUGAGCUUUCGCCAGGCGGGUGGCACAUCCUUCCACGCCAUCACCAUUUGCCGGGAGAUAGGCCUUCAAAUGUGCAUCGAUGAUGAGCAGCGUCACCUGUUCGAGAUGCUGCUGGACGAGAACGUACCCUUACGAACAGUCUUAAGGUUCUUGGACACGGCAAAGUUGGUGGCCAACAGUAUCAAGCGGAAGUCCGGUGAAAUGGCGGCAGUUAGUUCCUGCCAAGGCGGCUUGGUAAUCAAACGAAUUGAACAGCCGGUCCUCAAGCUUCAGUUUCACUGGAAGGUAAACUUCGAUAAGUGCAUAGACUCCCCAGUAAAUGAAUACGAAGGACGCUUCAUUUGCGUGGGCGCACAUUCCAAAAUUUUGCGAACUCUGGAUCCACAGACGGGCAACGAACUUAGUGUCGUCAGACUGCCCAAUCGCAUCGAGUGCAAGGUGACCUUUCUCAGCGAGCAGCUUGCCAUGGUUGGCUGCUACGAUGGUUGUCUGUACGGCUUCAAUCCCCAGAACGGCGACCAUGUGUUUUGCGUGGGAAUUGGCGGCAUGAUUAAGUCCCAGCCCUUGCUUACAGCCGACGGUCGACGAAUCAUAGUUUGCAGCUAUGCAGAGGACUACAACGUCUAUUGUUUAUCAGCAGAGCGGCAGGAAGUCCUUUGGUGCCUGAAGAUUGGCGAGAAGGCUAUCUUCGCAGGACCUCUGGAGUUGCCCAGCGAACAGUCGCUUAUCAUCUGCACUUUAGAUGGCAGCUGUUCGCGUGUGGCCAUCACCGAUGGCUCUGUGGAGUGGACGCAGAAGCACAGGGAGCCGAUUUUCUCCACGCCUGUUCUUCUAGAAUCCAAGUCCAAUAUCUUUCUGGCCGCCGAAGUUGCUGGCCGAGUGCACGCUUGUCAUGUGGGCAACGGAAAAAUUUUGGCCACCUACACCGCAGAAGGAAACAUCUUCUCCUCGCUGGUGGUCAAGACCCCGCCAACUUUCAUGGGACAUUCCUUUGUGGUCUUCGGUUGUAUUGAUAAGCAUGUCUAUUGCCUGCGUUGCAAAACCGCACCGGGCGCCAAAUCGGUUGAUUUCGAGCUGCACUGGAAGACCAACGUGGGUGCUCCCAUCUAUGCAACGCCCAGUCUGCUCACGGUGCAACCCAAUGGACUCCUGGCUUGGUGCGGCGCCACCGAUGGACGCGUCGUCCUGAUGAACUUCAGGAAUGGCGAGAUUCAGUGGUCAGAUAAACUUCCCGGCGAAGUGUUUUCCAGUGCCUGCUAUAUUGAGAGCCUUCGACGGGUGUACGUGGGAUGUCGAGAUAACUUUCUGUAUUGUCUGGGCAUUUAGAUAUUUACUAAAAUACCAAACAAUUCCAUUUACAAAAACUAGCAACCUAAAAUUAAUAUAAGAUAUUGUGCCUUAUUGUGUUUAAAGAGUGCAUUUAAAAUUCAUUUUCGUGAAUUAAUAUCAAUAAUAAUAAUAAUGUGUCAAAUAUUCAUAACAUUAUCAGAAUAAGAACAUUUAAAUAAUAUAGUGUUAUUUUGUCUAUAGCUACUAUUAAACACCAAGCUUAUAGGCAAUUUAUAAUUUCCUUUUAAACUUGACAAUAAAUAAAUAAAGAAAUAAGUUUUA